CCCUGCCUCCUUCCCUUGCUAUAAUAAAACCGCCGGAGGGGGUGGAGAAAGGGCGAAGGCGGCGACGCCGCCCGUGAGCCGCUCGGAGUCCCUCCCCUCCGCGCCUUAUUCCCCGCCCUCGGCGCCUGCGGCUGCCUUCAUUCACUACCGAGGAGGAGGAGCCGCCUCGACGCGUAGAGACGAGACCGCUUUGCUAUGCAGCCAGUUCCAGCCGCCGCCACCGGCAGCACCUUUUCGGCCCGCUCCUGAGAUCGCGGCAGCCGGCAAGGGCGCAACUCGGCUUCACGCGCCAUUCCUCGGCCGCCGCCGCGCGCUCCUUUCCCUUCCUUCUCUCUCCCUUUUCCACCAGCUGCUGCUGCUGCUGCUGUCACCGUUUCACCAGGAACUUGACCGGGCGCAGGCGGGGUUUCAUCAAGAAGAUGGCCUACAACGGACUUGUUAGUUUUGGACAGCAGCUGGUUCGUCGGAAAGUGGUGGACUGCACAAGUGAGGCCAGCCGGCUGUCACGAUGCCUGAACACCUUCGACUUGGUUGCCCUUGGCGUAGGCAGUACGCUUGGGGCAGGAGUCUACGUUCUUGCUGGGGCAGUGGCUCGAGAAAACGCAGGACCUGCCAUUGUCAUCUCUUUCCUGAUUGCUGCUCUGGCUUCUGUGCUGGCUGGACUUUGCUAUGGGGAAUUUGGUGCCAGAGUCCCAAAGACUGGAUCAGCUUAUCUCUAUAGCUAUGUGACGGUCGGCGAGCUGCUUGCCUUCAUCACGGGAUGGAACCUAAUUCUCUCCUAUGUCAUCGGGACAUCAAGUGUGGCCCGAGCAUGGAGCGCAACGUUUGACGAACUCAUAGGCAAGCAUAUUGGAAUGUUCUUCCAACAGUACAUGUCCAUGAAUGCUCCUGGUAUUCUAGCAAAAUAUCCAGACGUCUUUUCUGUUUUCAUUAUCCUGAUCUUAACAGGACUUCUAACUUUUGGUGUGAAAGAAUCUGCCAUGGUUAACAAAGUGUUCACCUGUAUCAACGUCCUUGUCUUGGGCUUUGUGAUAGUGUCGGGGUUUGUGAAGGGAUCGAUUAAACACUGGCAGAUCCCAGAAAACAUAUCGGAUCCUUCACACAAUGAAACCAUUCCAGAACAUGGUGUUGGUGGGUUUAUGCCCUAUGGAUUAUCUGGAGUUCUUUCGGGGGCAGCAACAUGCUUUUAUGCAUUUGUGGGAUUUGACUGCAUUGCCACCACAGGUGAGGAAGUGAAAAAUCCCCAGAAAGCAAUUCCAAUAGGAAUCGUUGCAUCGCUUCUGAUUUGCUUUGUUGCAUACUUCGGUGUGUCGGCUGCUCUUACCCUCAUGAUGCCUUACUACAUGUUAGAUAAAAACAGCCCCCUGCCUGUUGCUUUUAAGUAUGUGGGAUGGGAUGGUGCAAACUAUGCAGUGGCUGUUGGUUCACUCUGUGCCUUAUCCACAAGUCUCCUUGGGUCCAUGUUUCCAAUGCCAAGAGUUAUUUACGCUAUGGCAGAAGAUGGACUACUGUUCAAGUUCUUGGCUCGUGUUAAUGAGAAGACAAAGACUCCGAUGAUGGCUACAAUAACCUCGGGAGCUAUUGCAGCUGUCAUGGCCUUUCUCUUGGACCUGAAGGAUCUUGUAGACCUUAUGUCCAUUGGGACGCUUCUUGCUUACUCCUUGGUGGCUGCCUGCGUGUUGGUGCUAAGGUACCAACCGGAGCAGCCGAACUUGGCGUACCAGAUGGCUAGUACAAAUGAUGAGGCAGACAACAAUGAGUCCGUGAGCACCAGUGAAUCUCAGACUGCGUUUCUGCCUGAAAAGGGAGAGAAGUUCUCCUUAAAAGCUGUUUUCCGCCCCCAAAAUACUGAUCCUUCCAAACUCUCUGGGUCCGUAGUAAAUGUCUCCUCCUGCAUCAUAGGUGUUCUUAUCGUCACCUUCUGUAGCUGGACUGUCCUUGGCAAAGAUGCUCUGAAGAAUGGGACCCCGUGGGCUAUUGCUCUGCUUGUGGCCGUUUUCCUCCUCUGCUUCUUCUUCACAGUGGUUAUCUGGAGACAGCCUGAAAGUAAAACCAAGCUUUCAUUUAAGGUCCCCUUUCUUCCCAUCCUUCCAAUCUUGAGCAUCUUUGUGAAUGUUUAUCUCAUGAUGCAGCUGGAUGUUGGCACGUGGAUACGAUUUGCUAUCUGGAUGGUGAUAGGUCUGCUUAUUUAUUUUACCUACGGCAUGUGGCACAGUGUGGAGGCCUCUUACUCAGCACCGAUGGAUACAGAACGAAGUACGGACAACAACGUGGACAGUUGCAAAUGAUUGGCAGCCUGGUUCCGCUAAAGGACACCUGAGAGCAUUCUCUACGGGGAAGGGUGCUUUCCUCUCUGGGACCCUGAAGUAUUUUGUUCUGUGGAGUAUCAGGUGGGCUUCCAUGUCCCACUGCUGCCCCUUGCAGCUUGCUUUUACCUUGGUAGUACAGUUAUAAGGGAUCACAAGGAAAAAGCCAGGCCUCUGGCACACUUCCAACAACACUGUUAUCUGAUGCUGGCAGCUUCCCCUCCCUUGUCAUAAGUAUAUUGAAAGAUAACAGCUUAUCAGUGUGCCAGUUCACUUCCAAUGCUGCUAUAAGACCAAGCCUUACAGAGGCCCUGCAAAGUAAUUCCCCAGGUACUGUCCUUGGAUUCAAGUGAAGCAGACUUCGUACUGUCUCCAAAGUCACCUGUGUUGGACCACAAAAACCAAGGGGCCUUGCCUAAAUGAAAACAACACCCCAACCCGCCCCAACCACCUGUGUGUUAGCAAAACACCCUGCCCCUUGCAGGACUGAUCUGAUUGAGAAAAGGACUUGGUGGUGUUAUUUAAUCAUUGUACUUGACUUAUUUUAUGCAGGCAACUCCUGCGCUUUGAAAUGCAACGUUGCAACAGUCUUCUGUAGGGUAGUGGCUUGCAGGCUGAAUUCUAUCUGUUGUGACACAAAAUACUUCGUUUAGGCAGCUAACGGACCCUGCUGCUUUUACGAGAAAAGCUUCUAGCUCAUGGUAUAAUUCUGUGUAGAAAAGUGGUUGCUUGUUUGUCCCCAGGGUAUGUAAAUCUGCAAAAUUAGGAGUUACUGGCCAGAGUUUAGUGCUUUCCCUUUCUCAUCUUGCUCCUCUUCAUCGCAAGUUUGUGAGGUGAGCCUCCAAUGUUCCUUGAAGCUGAGAGAAAGCAACGUAUGCAACCUUGAAUUAAUCCAUUUCGGAGAUGGGAUUUGAACCCUGCUCUGCUGGGUCCAGCUCCCAACACUGUUACAUUUUUAAAUAACUUAUUUUUGUGGGGAGGGAGCUUCUGCCAAACUUGGAUCUUCUGGUGCAGGGUAAGAAACAGCAUUAGUUCAUAGAAGAUUUCGGACAAAUGUGUCGUCUUUGAAGUCAAAACUAUAGUGGCUUUUCACCUGUCCUGCGAGGGCCAGCUUUUCUCUAGAGAAGAGGGAGAAGCAUGCAACACUUAGAAGCAAAAGGGAGUGUGCAGUGAUACUUUACUGUGCUCAAUAGACAAGUUCUUGCUCAUGCAGCUGUAUGGCAGUUUACCUGCUGAGUGCUGCUUUUGUGCAAUGAACUCUUUGAGAUGCCACCUUAGCCAUGCUGAACUCCAAAUAGGAUUUUGUGCUGUUUCCAAAGAGUGUUGGCACAGGCAUGCAGCUUGAGCGAUGCACCCUAAUAACCAGCAGAAGCUUCUUGUGCUUCUAGAGCCAUCUGUCAGCCUUCCUGUUGAGUGCGGGUGUGGAAGAAGGUUGGCUUUUUUUGUACCUAUGCAUAAACUACCCCUUGGUAACCUGGGGCCAGCUGGCUGGGACGCAAGGGAGUUGUCCAAAACCUCUGGAAGGCCAGAGGGUUGCCAAAGGAUGGCAUAGACAGAGAGCCACCUCUUUGUAAAAAGAAAAGGAAGAAAAAGUGGGUUUCCAAAAGAAACAUCAAGUUCAUGCAGAUCCUUGCUGUAGAAAACAAUCCAUUGUAAAUAUUGUAGCUUAUUAUUAUUAUUAUUAUUUUAUUAAUAUUAUUAUUUUUUCAUUGCUGUUCUCUUGGAAACCUGAUUUUAUUUUUUAUUUGAUAUUUAUGUUUAGCCGCUUCAUAUCUUUGCCAUUGAGGCAAAUUGUGUGAACUUAGAAGAAGGGGAAAUCUUUAUUUUUCGGGAGGGUUGAUCCUAUUUUUAUGUGAGGGAUUUCCGAGGGGGGAAAUGUUCCUUUGGGGGUGCCCCCCAGGUUCUGCUGUUUUGGUUUGGCACUUCUUCACUGUUAUCGCUUGGCCCUGCAACAUCCCUUGAGGUCAUAGGUACAGAAGGCCUGUGCUGUUGGGAGUUGCAGCAUCUGGAGGGCACCAACUUGGGGAAGGCUGUUUGGGAGGGGCAGUAUGAGGGUGACCGUAUUACGGCACAUGGAAGACUUGAUUAGCUGGUAAACAAAAGGCCACAAGUGGCCCUUGAGGUGAGCAUGACUGAUUCCUGGGCAGUGUACAAAAGAUUCCUCUCCUGUGGAAGGUUUUCUCCUUCUCUCAUUAUACUAGAAUUCACGGACAUGCGAUCAAGCGGGACGUUGUAAGAUCCAGGACAGACCAAAGACCGUACUUCUUCACACAGCACGUCUUUGAAACCAUGAAUUUCACUUCCAUAAAAUUAGAGAUGGGAAGGCCUGGAAAAAACCCAGAAAAAUUGGGGGGAAACCCAGGGUUUUUCCCCAAAGCCAUUUUUCUGGGGA